GCAGUGUAAACAGCAAACAAAAAAUGUUCUCAAAGAUCGCAUUGUUCUCUCUCCUCGCGGUAGCCGUGAGCGCUUCAAGCUCGGACUACUCAAGCUUCUCAUACGGUGUCAACGACCCCCACACUGGUGACGUAAAAGACCAGCACGAGACCCGAGUCGGCAACCACGUGGUCGGCCAGUACUCGCUCCUGGAGUCCGAUGGAACCAAACGCAUUGUGGACUACCAAGCCGACCCUCAUACUGGCUUCAACGCAGUCGUCCGUAAAGAUGGAUUGGCUCAACAUCCCGCGUCAUACGGUCGUGCUUUGGGCUACACGUCGCCUGUAGGCUACGCCGGCUAUGGCGGCUACGGUGCCGGCUACAGCGGCUACGGUGCCGGCUACAACGGCUACGGCUCAUCUCUCGCCUACAACCACGGCUACGGUGCCUCUCCUCUCGCGUACGAAGCCCAGUCUUACAACAACUACGCAUCUCCCUUGGCACAUGGUGCUUACGGUGGACUAUCUGGCUACGCCUACGGCUCAAACAUCGGCUACGGCGCCGGCUUGGGAUGGUAAAUAAAUUGUCAAGACUGAAUUUGGCUGAAGUUAAUGGACAAACGAAAAUUAUUCUCCGUUUCUGUAUAUAA